AUGACGAACUGCAUAAUUGUAUGUUUCUAUAUUUUUUACUGACGUAUUACAUUGUUACCUCUUGGUAAAUUCAUGUGACAACAUAUUUCUUUGCAUUUGGAAUACGGGAAUAGAAAAGAGGACGUUUUUUUCGCAGAGAGAAUUAUCUCAACGAGGUGAAAGAUGUCCUACAGAUAUUCCGCCAAAGUGCCUCCAGGCUUGAUGACUCUUUUGGAAGGCCUCAGUCGGUCCGUGGUGAAAAGACGGCCAGAAUCCAUCUCACAGUUUGCUACAUUUUACUUCGCCGAGCUCUUGCACUUCAGGACAGAAAAUCCAACUCUUGCCAUCAACGACCUUGUGAGAGAAUUCAAUACAACUAAAGUGCCUAAGUUCCCAAGUCAUGGCAUUGGCGCUGUGAUUGCUCCGCUGGCAGUUCAGAAUGAAAGUGCCACAGCAGUGUCUCCUGGUGGUCAAUAUGUCCAACCAUUUGGAAUUUACCCUCCAGACAGGAUUUUCCAAACUCUUCCCAGUAUUCCAGGAGUGGAGGAGCAGGAUGCUGAGCAGCCCUGGGUCCACGGCCAGAACAUUCUGUACACUGGCACAACGUUGCCUGGUCUAUCAGGUUGCAAAGAAGCUGCAGAAGCAACCUCCCUGCCAAGCCAAUACCUCAAUGACUCUGGCUUCCAGAGAAGAAUGCAGGCAGUUACCACUAAUGUGUCCCCUCACCCCAUCUCAGCAGAUCAAGCCGAAGAUUUAGUCGUCUUCCGCAGGAAAUCCAAGAAUGACUGCAUGACGGCUACCUGUGAUAUCAAUUCUGCUGCCCCAGACCGGUGCCGGCAAACCAAGUCAGCUUUCCUCGAGAGGGUUCCACUGAGUGAGAUCUAUCACAUAUCCAAUGCUGUUCUGAUCAGGGCACCUUCUGUACCCUGUGAGUACAUGAUUGUAGUGCAGUCAGACAAGGUCCCGAAGACCAUGGUGUUUCAGAGAGUCUCGUCAGUCAGUAAGACAAUGAGGAACACCCGAACAGCAGCAGCUUGUGGUGAUGAUGCCACUGGUUCCCCAGGUAACACCCAGCCUGACUGCACACCAUGUUUCACCCCGCCUACAGCCCCAUCGCAGGUGGUCAAAGAUCAGCCAGACACCCAAUUGGUCAAGCCCCUAGCGCUGACUGAGGACACUCAGCUUUCUGGUGAUGGAAAUAGGGAUCUCCUAACCCAACCUGGUUGCAAUCCUCUUUCACCUGGAGAUAAUUCUGUUUACAAGCACAUGGACAUAAAUAUAGCAUUACCUGAUCCGAAUGCCUACAACCCAUACAUCAAUGAAAUGAUAGUGGAUCAAAUGAACUGGGUGAAUGAAGAUGUUUCAACCAUGGUGUCAGAUGAUAUAAUAGCCCCUGGUAUUAUGGGUCCUGUCAACUCAGCACUUCAGGAUGGAUGUUUCCCCACUGCAGUACCUGAUGUGAACGGGUACAACCCCUACAUGAAUGAGAUGAUACUGGAUCAAAUUAAUGGGGUGAACUUUGGUGUUUUAUCCAAGGUGUCUGAUGAGAUGACAGGCGUCAAUGUUAUGGGCCCACCCAUCUCAGCACCACUGGAGACAAAGGAUACAAGUGUGGUGAACAUUCCUGUGUGUCAACCUAUUUUAGCUCCACAAGAAGCAUGUGCCCCCAGUUUGGUGUACCCUCCAACUUCAGCACAAGAAACAUGUGCCCCCAGUUUGGUGUACCCUCCAACUUCAGCACAAGAAACAUGUGCCCCCAGUUUGGUGUACCCUCCAACUUCAGCACAAGAAACAUGUGCCCCCAGUUUGGUGUACCCUCCAACUUCAGCACAAGAAACAUGUGCCCCCAGUUUGGUGUACCCUCCAACUUCAGCACAAGAAACAUGUGCCCCCAGCUUGGUGUACCCUCCAACUUCAGCACAAGAAACAUGUGCCCCCAGUUUGGUGUACCCUCCAACUUCAGCACAAGAAACAUGUGCCCCCAGUUUGGUGUAUCCUCCAACACCACAGGUAACAAUUGGAGCCACCUUCAUGCCACCAAGUGUUUCACCAGCAGGAGAAAUAAGUGUUCCUAGUUUGGUGUACCCUCCAAUUUCAGCUGGACAGGGGGGUAAUAUACCCAGUUUGGUGCUCCCGCCUAUUUAUAUUGCUCAACCAAUUGGAGCACUCCCAUUGCUUAGCACUCCUAUUGUGCCACCCAUGGCGGGACCAAGGGCAGUCACUUUACCAAACCCAUAUGUACCAGCUCCACAAAAAACAACAGCCACUCUGCUUUAUCCAUCAAUCUUGGCUCAGGAGGAAACAAGACCCCCUUCAUUGCCACUCCCCCAGGCCAUUGUUGCCCACCUGCAUCAGUGCACUGGUCAGAAUGCAGAAGCAUUCCAUGUGAAUGAGGAGAACAGAAGGACACCCUAUGUGAUUCCAUUGGUCUACCAAAGCAUUAUGGGAGUGCCACAGAUGUAUGUUCAACCACAACAACAUCAGUUUAUUCCCAGCUGGUCCAGAGAAGCGCAUUCACAAAGGCUAUGUGACCCAGCGCCUACUGGGGCCAUGCCAGAGUGCCAGUAUGUUACACCUGAAGCAUGUGUUAUGCCUACGGCCCCUACCUUCGAACCCACAGACCAUCGCUGCUGCCAGGCUGCCCCUGAUGUGACCCCUCCACAUUAUGUAGUGAUCAACAGCUCAACUCACAAUGUUGCCUCUUACCCUACACCAUCACCCAUGCAGCCCCAGGGCUUUGCCUCUGCUCCUGUCCACAUGUAUGGUCCCUGCAGUGAAACUGAGAAUGCAGUGUCAUCCACCUUCAAUGUGAGGACCCAUGCAGGCCACCAGCAAGGGAGAGCAGAACACUGCAGAGAGACCAGCAACAUGCUAACAGGUGAAAAUCCACAUGUGCAGAAUUAUUCUGGUAUAUGA